AAUGUAAAACCCUAAUCUGAUGGAUAUCCCCUAUAUGUAAUUGCCGAAGCUCUAACAUCUAGUUUCUCUUGAGCGGAGGCUGUGUGCGAGGGGAGCUAGCAGAGCCGAGCUGGUCAACUUGUUUUAGUUAACGAACCAGACCAGAGAGGGCGCCAUGCCUUUCAGACGUUAUGUAGAAAUUGGGCGAAUUGCCCUUAUCAACUAUGGCCCAGAAUAUGGCAAGCUUGUUGUGAUUGUGGAUAUUGUUGACCAGAAUCGGGCUUUGGUGGAUGCACCUAAAAUGGUAAGGUGCCAGAUGAACUUUAAGAGACUCUCACUAACUGAUAUCAAAAUCGAUAUCCCUAAGAUACCAAAAAAGAAAGUCCUGAUAGAGGCUAUGGAGAAAGCAGAGGUUCAGAAGAGAUGGGAGAAUAGUUCAUGGGGAAGGAAACUAAUUGUCCAAAAGCGAAGAGCUUCAUUGAAUGACUUUGAUCGGUUUAAAGUCAUGCUUGCAAAGAUUAAGAGAGGAGCAUUAAUCAGGCGCGAGCUCUCCAAGUUGAAAAAAGAGAGCUCAGCUUGAACAAUUUGCUGGUUUAAUUUUUUUGUAGCUGGGUGAUAUUUGUAACAUCUGUGGUUUCAUGAGGAUAUUUUUUGAGUUUUCAAGGGCUAGCUAAUUCAAGAUAGCUGGUAUUCAUUGGUCAUGCAUAUUAAACUGAUAAUGCCAAUGUGUUUAUUGAAGAUACUGAGUUAUAGAGACAUUAGAAGAAAAAUGGGCAUUUAUUUA